CCUAGUACUUCCGGAACUUUCAACGUGAGCUCAUUAGAUUUACGCUGCUGUCAUGUUGUUAAAUUUGGAAUUAGAUACAUAAUCAAAUACUUUUUUUCCCCUUUUUUUUCUUUUUGCACGUUGAAGCCAAACGUGGAAUGACAUUUAUGCAUCAAAUCGAUUCACUGAAGAAGUUUAAGUACUUCCUGCUCGACCAUCUGUUUACAUCAACCUCAGCAGUAUUUUUAGAGCUUUUUGAUUUUUGCACAUAUAUGUAUAUAUAUAAUAAUAAGAAGUAAUCAUGCUGAAGGCUGUUAUUCUUAUCGGAGGUCCUCAAAAAGGCACCCGGUUUCGCCCGCUGUCUUUUGAAGUGCCCAAACCUCUGUUUCCAGUGGCUGGAGUGCCAAUGCUACAGCAUCACAUUGAGGCCUGCUCAAAGCUUCCGAAUAUGAAGGAGAUCUUACUUAUUGGCUUUUAUCAGCCCAAUGAAGAACUAAACAGAUUUUUGUCAUGCGCCCAACAAGAUUUCAAAAUCUCAAUAAGAUACCUUCAGGAGUACGCUGCUCUGGGCACCGGAGGAGGAAUCUACCAUUUCAGAGAUCAGAUUCUGUCUGGCAGUCCAGAAGCAUUUUUUGUCAUGAAUGCGGACGUGUGCUCAGAGUUUCCUCUGCCAGAGAUGCUGGACUUCCAGAAGGAGCACGGAGACGCUUACAGUUUUGUCAUCCUAGGCACCACGGCCAACAGAAAACAGUCCCUGAACUACGGCUGCAUUGUUGAAAAUGAACAAACUGAUGAGGUCUUGCAUUAUGUCGAGAAGCCCAGCACAUUUGUGAGUGACAUAAUCAACUGUGGAAUAUACCUGUUCACUCCAGAGAUAUUCCAGCACAUCGGAACAGUUUUCCAGAAGAACCAACAGGACAUGCUGUUAUAUUACGAUGAGGGAGAGGAGCAGUCCAAUGGCUGGCAUCGGGCAGAGGUGAUCCGUCUGGAGCAGGACAUCUUUACGGCACUGGCAGGCCAAGGCAAAUUAUACGUGUACAAAACAGACCGCUUUUGGAGCCAAAUCAAAUCUGCAGGAUCUGCGAUCUAUGCAAGCCGUUUGUAUCUUAACCAGUAUCACACAACACAUCCAGAGAGGUUAGCUACUAAUAGAGAAGGAGGGCCAAAGACCAGAGGAAAUGUUUAUAUACAUCCAACUGCCAACAUUGACCCAACUGCUGUGUUAGGUCCAAAUGUAUCAAUAGGAACAGGCGUAACGAUCGGUGCGGGAGUUCGCGUGAGGGAGUCCAUUAUCCUCCAUGGUGCUACUUUACAGGAUCACAGCUGCGUGUUGAACAGUAUUGUGGGCUGGGGCAGCACCAUUGGCAAAUGGGCCAGAGUGGAAGGGACCCCUAGUGACCCAAAUCCUAAUGACCCAUAUGCCAAAAUUGACAGUGAGACACUGUUCAGAGAUGGAAAACUAACACCGUCCAUUACAAUUCUUGGCUGUAAUGUAAAUAUCCCAUCUGAGGUCAUCAUACUCAACUCUAUCGUCCUGCCACAUAAAGACCUUAACAGAAGCUUCAAAAACCAGAUCAUACUGUAGUUUCAGUUUCAGUCAUUUGUACUUGUCAUUUUCAUACAAAUAAAACAGGUAUUUGAAAUGAAAAUGAUGGAUGAAUCAUCUGAAGAUUCAGUGGCGUUUGUUAAAAUGUCUGUUACUGUAUUGUGCUUAUGGAUUUACCAUUGUACAGUGUUAUCACAUCAAAGCUGGAUAAAUGAAAUGUCAAAGAUAUACAAAGAAAGGUGCAAAAAAUAAAUGCUGUUUAUUUGUGCAGUCUGUUACCAUUCGUUCCAGAAUUUAACAUGUCAUGUAAAACAAAAAAAUGGUAAGACAAAUGAUAAAAUCUUGUAAUUGGA